AUGAACUACACCGCGACAGGCCAAGCUUACAUCGACUGGUACAUUGUCGCAGGCACGAUAGGAUCGUUCUUGGACAGACUAUACAAGAACCCGCAACAGCAACCGACGGCACAAGAACAUCCCGAGACAGUUUCGUAUACCCUGUUGCCGAGACUCGACCAGUCGAACGGGACACGUGCGGCCAGGGACUGGACUGGUUCAUUUCCCACGACCUCCGACACACUGACAACCACCGCCGACUUCACUGCUCAAACCGAGGACGAGAGUCCUCACACCAUCGAGCCCCCCAUGUCGUCCGCUAUGCCCUUUGUCCCUACCCCCGUCUCUGCCGCAGUGACCCAUCAAGAGUCAGACGAGCGACUCUACGUGACCCCAGGCCUGGAUCUCCCGUCUUCGAACCCGUCUAUGGCUUCCACUGGUCUUUCGACACCGACUCCCUACGAUCUCGAGCUCUUCGAUGUCAUACCGCGCCUCUCUGGCAAUGGCAAGGCCCUCAUGCCCCCUCUUGAUUCGACUACGUUCACAGGUUCAGGAGCAUCCCUGAGGGAUCCUACAAUGCGCCUCCCCACAUUCUCGAGCCUGCCGUCUUCGACCAUGGGUUCUAUGGAUGUUACCUCAGCAAACUUGUAUCAGCCCUCUGAGCGUGGCAAAGGGAAACGUCGAAUGAUCGAUCCCUCCAGCGACAUCGACAGACACAUCACGUCUCCUGACUCGUUCGCGUUUCCCUUGGGCUGCUCUAUCUCGGCGCCAUCUGGUCUUCUUGACUUCCCACUCCUUGACAUACCACCAGGCGACUCUGAUCAGUCUCUUGGCUUCGAGGACGAUCCUUGGUUCGCGGAAACGGCGCUUCAGCUGCUCACGCCGGAUGACGAACUUUAUGUCCGAGCAUUGGAGUUUGCCACAGCCAGGAACAAGAGGCAGAGGUCCCCGUCGCUCGAUACCAGCGAUCUCAGGAGUCGCAAGAAGGCAAAGAUGACGACCGACGACGACGACAAUUUGGAGCCUCACGGUCACGAAGACACAGUACGCUGGACCACUCCGGUGGUCCAGCCCAACAAACAAUUAGAACAGGGGGCAUUCGCCUACGAGGAUGUUCCCCCACAACGCGACGUACCCCGUUUUCUACCUGCUGCCGAAGCUGGACCUGCGGAGGGCUCUAGCACCAGCGGCAAGGAGAGGGUACCCUGCCCGAUCCCGUCUUGCUCUAUGACUUUUGCCUGCCAGAGGACCGCCUGGCGGCACGUGGCCACUAACAGAAACCACAGCGGCGUCCGGUCAGAGCCUGGCUGGGAAGUCCGUUAUGGCAUUCCGCUGAACACUCAGCGGCUGAGGAUUAGGUGCCCUUAUAUAGGGUGCGAACGCCACAACAGGAAGCGAGGUCUGCGAAGCGACGAAAUGAACAAUCAUAUGCGCGAUGUUCAUCGCGUGGGCGUGGAGACGUGGAAGAAGAGGGUGGCUACGCUCAUAAGGAGGAGGCAGUUGGCGGGAACAUGGACGGCGGAGGACGAAGUUAGCACGGAGUGGGAGUAUGAGGCGGAGGUGACGAACUUUCAGGAAUUGUCGAGCGAUGUUGUUGACAAAGACCUGGUCGCUUGGUCCGGCAAGUACGUCUGGAUUGUUUAA